AGCACUCUUGAAAUUAACUUAAACUAUUGACAUUUGUGUCUCAUUCUUCCCUUUGAUUACAUAUGCAAGUCUAGCUUGGUCGAAUAAUACCAAACUGGUCUAGAAAAAUUUCUUCUUCUCUUUUGCUCUCUCAUUUUUCUCAUCUAAGACAUGUCUAUCCUAAGCAACAACAAUAGCAGCAAUGGUGCACCCUCAUUUCAUGAGUUCAAGAAACAAGCUUCUUUUUUCUUUAAGGAGAAGAUUAAGACUGCAAGAUUAGUCCUCACAGAUGUUACACCAGCACAACUAUUGACUGAAGAAGCUACAAAUGGAAAUCCAUGGCCACCAGACACAAGGACCUUGGGUUCAAUUUCAAAGGCUGCUUUUGAGCUUGAUGAUUAUACAAGAAUUGUGGAGAUUUUGCACAAAAGAUUUCUGAAGUUUGAAAGGAAGAACUGGAGGGUCUCUUACAAUUCUCUGAUUGUAAUAGAGCACUUGUUGACUCAUGGACCAGAGAGUGUUGCAGUUGAGUUUGAAGUUGACAAAAAUGUAAUUGAGCAGAUGGGAAGCUUCCAGUACAUAGAUGAAAAAGGAUUCAAUUGGGGCCUUGCUCUUAGGAAGAAGUCAGGGAGAAUAGUGAAGCUGCUAGAGAAAGGUCCUCUUCUCAAAGAAGAGAGAGACCGAGCUCGGAAGCUAACGAGAGGGAUUCAAGGGUUUGGAAGCUUCUGCCAAAGAUCAUCUGAUUCUCCAGCACAAGGAAUUUUAAGAGAAUCAUCCUUUGAAACAUAUGGAAGGUCUAAUUCUCAAUCUCACUUCAGCAACCAUGAAAACCAAGAAAAUCAGUUUCCGUCCCCCACCGCGGAUGAUUUUACUAAGAAAGUUGAAGAAUCAAAGCAUGGCAAUGAAAAUGUUGUGAUCAUUGAGGCUGGCAAGGGAGCAGAGAAUUCAAGGUCUUGUGGUAGCUUUGGAGAUGGUGAGGUGGCUCAGAAACCUGAAACUCAAACAAGUUUUAAAGAAAACAUGAUUCCAAACAAGGAAGAGUUAGAUAGAUGGAGCUGCGUGGGGGAGUCUAAUCCACUUUUGAGUGGUAAGAGAGAUGGGACCAGGGUUGAAAAUUCUGCUGAAGAUGAACACCCUUUCAAUGAAAUUAACAAUCAAAGUGCUGCUUCAUUGAUUGCUGAAAGUAAUGCUCUAAUAUAAAAAGAAGAAAAGAAAACUGUCUGCAGAUUUCUUCCACUGAAUGUGGAAUCA